UAACCUGUACCCCCUUACAUUGACUCGGUACCCCCGGUAUAUAGCCUCGUUAUUGUGUCACUUUUUUUUUCAGGCCAAAAAAUAAUUGAAAACUGACCGAUGGCUUGUGCAAGACAAUGUAAGGUAAUGGCCACCUGCUGUUUGAAAAGAGCAACACACACACAGAUCAGUUGUCAUAGUGGUCAGGCAUUCCUCUCAGAGAUGUAUUUAUUUUUAGCCCUCAUGAUCCCUCUUUAUCUGGUCCUGCUCUAUUGUGACUGAGAUAGGGAUAGUGUUACUGCUUCACUCCUCUGUUCCACCAAACUAUACAACGUACACAGGAAUAAAAAAAAAAGAGGUUCAAUGGGAAAUUAUAAAUCAAGACCAACUCAGACAUGUACAGAUGAGUGGAAGAAGAAGGUGAGCGAGUCAUACUCUGUGAUCAUCGAGAGGCUGGAGGAUGACCUACGCAUCAAAGACAGCGAGCUGAUAGACCUCAAACAGGUCUUCAGCUCUGAUGAAGCUUUCCAGAAAGUGAACUUGAAUUACCGGACAGAGAGCGGACUGUCCCUGUUGCAUCUCUGCUGCAUGUGUGGCGGGAAUAAAGUCCACAUAAGGACUCUGAUGCUGAAAGGCCUACGUCCAUCCAGGCUUACCAGGAAUGGGUUCACUGCUCUACACCUGGCUGUCUAUAAGGACAAUGCGGAGCUGGUGACGGCAAUGCUCCACGGAGGGGCAGACAUCCAGCAGGUUGGGUACGGUGCCCUCACCGCCCUGCAUAUCGCCACCAUCGCUGGGCACCAUGAGGCAGUGGAUAUCCUUCUCCAGCAUGGAGCCUAUGUCAACGUCCAGGAUGCUGUGUUCUUUACUCCUCUGCAUAUUGCUGCUUACUAUGGCCAUGACCAGGUGGCUAAGCUGUUGUUGAAGUUUGAGGCGGAUGUAAAUGUAAGUGGGGAGGUGGGAGACAGACCGUUACACCUGGCAGCCGCCAAGGGCUUCCUCAGCGUCGUGAAACUGCUGCUGGCAGAGGGGAGCAAAACUGAAGUGAAUGCUCAGGACAAUGAGGACCACGUCCCGCUCCACUUCUGUGCCCGUUUCGGCCACCAUGAAGUGGUCCACUUCCUGUUGCAGGGCAACUUUGAGCUACAGCCUCACUCCGUCAACAUCUAUGGAGACACCCCUCUCCACCUGGCCUGCUACAAUGGCAAGUUUGAGGUGGUGAAGGAGAUAGUGCAGCUGUCAGGCACAGAGAGUCUGUCCAAGGAGAACAUAUUUAGCGAGACCGCCUUUCACAGUGCCUGCACCUAUGGGAAGAGUCUGGAGAUGGUCAAGUUCCUGCUCGGUCAGAACGCCAUGAGCAUCAACCAUCAGGGCCGAGACGGACACACAGGUCUGCACAGUGCAUGUUUCCACGGCCACAUACGUCUGGUCCAGUUCCUGUUGGACAGCGGGGCUGACAUGAACCUGGUGGCCUGUGACCCCAGCCGGUCCAGUGGGGAGAAGGAGGAGCAGACCUGCCUCAUGUGGGCCUAUGAGAAAGGUCAUGAUACCAUCGUCACUCUGCUCAAACACUACAAGCGUCCCCUGGACGACUCCCCAUGUAACGAGUACUCUCAGCCUGGCGGAGAUGGGUCCUACGUGUCUGUGCCGUCCCCCCUGGGCAAGAUCAAAAGCAUGACCAAAGAAAAGGCAGAUGUUCUUCUCCUCCGGGCCAGCCUCCACUCAAGCUUCCAACUGCAGCUCUCUGACCUGGAGUUCAAUGAGAUCAUUGGUUCAGGCUCCUUUGGAAAGGUCUACAGAGGCAAGUGUAAGAACAAGGUCGUUGCCAUCAAAAGGUAUCGGGCCAACACAUACUGCUCCAAGUCAGACGUGGACAUGUUCUGCAGGGAGGUGUCCAUCCUGUGUCGUCUCAACCACCCCUGUGUCAUCCAGUUUGUGGGGGCAUGUCUGGAUGACCCCAGCCAGUUCGCCAUCGCCACCCAAUAUGUCUCCGGGGGCUCCUUGUUCUCCCUGCUGCACGAGCAGAAGAGGAUCAUCGACCUGCAGUCCAAGCUCAUCAUCGCCAUCGACGUGGCCAAGGGCAUGGAGUACCUGCACAACCUCACUCAGCCCAUCAUCCACAGGGACCUCAACAGUCACAACAUUCUGCUCUAUGAGGACGGGCAUGCUGUGGUGGCUGAUUUUGGAGAAUCCAGAUUUCUGUUAUCCGAGGUUGUGGACAAUAUGACCAAGCAGCCAGGGAACCUGCGCUGGAUGGCCCCAGAGAUAUUCACCCAGUGUACACGCUAUACCGUCAAGGCCGACAUGUUCAGCUAUGCCUUGUGUCUGUGGGAGCUGCUCACUGGAGAGAUCCCCUUUGCCCACCUGAAACCUGCUGCAGCAGCUGCAGACAUGGCCUACCACCACAUACGGCCUCCUAUUGGCUACUCCAUACCCAAACCCAUCUCUGCCAUGCUAAUGAGGGGCUGGAAUGUCUGUCCAGAGGAUAGACCUGAGUUCUCUGAGGUGCUGGCCACACUAGAGGAAUGCCUAUGCAAUGUGGAGUUGAUGUCCCCAGCCUCCAGUAACAGCAGUGGGUCCCUGUCCCCCUCUGGCUCUUCUGACUGCCUGGCGAGGGGCAGUCCUGGUCGGAGUCACGUGGCCGCCCUCCGUUCCCGCUUUGAACUGGAGUACGCCCUCAACGCCCGUGCCUACGCAGUCUGGACUCAGAGCGAGGGACGACGUGAUUCCCAAGGUCCAUCUCUGGAUGAACUGAGGAGGAAUAUGCCGUUUCCACCUAUUGACCGAAAUGGGUACGUGUCAGACCCUAUGAGCACCAUGCGCUUCCACUCCAACUGCAGCAGCAACGGCAGCUUCGAAGACAGCAACUAACUAACAUGGAUGGGAAGUCUUCCAGCUCUACUAUGCACUAUUACUGUAGUUCAUAAAGCCAUAACCUUAUUUCUAAAUGUAUCACAUAGACAUAUUGGUUGAUCUAGUCUUGAGUAUAAGCUAUAUAUAUCGUUGUGUGUAUUUCCUAAAGCUAUUUACUACUUUCUGUGUUUACGGUGUUGAACUAUUUGAAUAGAUUUGUGUGGUUUUUAUAUCUGGUAAAUAUUUGUUGGAUAAGAGGCAUUUUGGGGUUUUUGAGAAUGUUUCAUAGUAGUAGUUCAUAGACCUGUAUAGUCUAUUCAUUAAAAACAUCUUGAAGCGUCAGAAUGCUUAGRCAAUUUGUGCUUUUUAUUUUCAAUAAAAUAGAGAAAUCAUUGAGUUUCAUUCUAUAGGAUUUGACAGUGAUAAACAAGAUGAAUCCUACCCAAACAAAAUUAAAUACAGGAUUCAUAAUAAAUGGCAUAUGAAGAAAUAAAUUAUACAAGAAUAUUUAGAAGUAGAGGUAUUAGGCUGCGUUUACACAGGCAGCCCAAUUCUGAUCUUUUGCCCAAUUAUUGGCAAAAUAUCUGAUCUGAUUAAAGACCAAUUGGUGUAAAAAAAAAWAUCMGAWUUGGGAUACCUGUGUAAACACAGCCUUAGAGGUGUUAGCUGCAGCACAUUUGUUUUGACACAAACUGUUUCCUACAUAGGACAUUUCACAAUUUCACCAAUUGUUAUUACUGUAUGUGUAGUUAUGUAGCCAUUUGCUGUAUGUUCUAUGUAUGGCAUACACUGUUCUCAAACGCAUCAGGUAAUUAUAUUUCAAUGUAUGUCCAUUUCAAUUGGAUUUGAAAAUCCUCCAAAGAAAAUUAAAUGUGAUUCCUUGACUGACCGGAAUUGAGAUGGGUGAAAUUGCAUGGAAUUGCAGAGAUACCUUUUCUGCCAUCAGAUACAGUCCAGAUAAAGUAGUAAAACUUGAACACAAAAGUAAUCACAAUGUAAAAUAUGGAAAUCUAAAUCUUCUUUCUGUAUGUAUGCCGAGCAAAACUAUAAACACAACAUGUAAAGCGUUGGUUCCAUGUUUCAUGAGCUGAAAUAAAAUAUCCCAGAAAUGUUC